GAGAAAGGGACAGUUUUUAAUGAAAAAGUAGAGAGAGAAAAAAAAUUAGUAGAAGAAAGGUAAGCUUUUAGACAGAGAAAGUGGGCAUUUUUUCCAGAGAGAGAAACAGUGAGGAGUGGUGGGCAGAGUUUUCUUUGGAUUUUUUUGAGGAAACAUAACAGACCCACUUCAAAGUUUAGCUCAAAGGGUGCGUAGGAUAAGCAGAGAAGAGAAGAGCUUAAGCCUUUUAAGCCACCUCUCUCUCUUUCUUUAUCUCUUUGUGUGUGUGUGUGUAUCUGCACAUGGUAAUACUGCCAUAAUGCCUAAGCUCUGACCUCGACAGUGUGCGUAGGAUAAGAUUAGUAAAGAGCUGCUUUCAAACUUAUUUUGCGGUUCUUGGUAGGUGCGCAUUUUAGUGAACAUGGGUGGUUGUGGUGUUGCGCAUUUUAGCAGAAGCCGAGGAUUGACGGUGGUUUUUUCCUUAUGGAGUCUGCUUUCAUUAACCUGCGCCGCUAGAUUAGGUGUGGAAAAGCAGAAGUUUGAGGUGCAAAAACACUUGAACCGCUUGAACAAGCCUGCUGUUAAGAGCAUUGAGAGCCCAGAUGGGGAUAUCAUAGACUGUGUUCACAUGGCUCAUCAACCAGCUUUUGAUCAUCCUUUCCUUAAAGACCACAAGAUUCAGAUGAGGCCUAGUUACCAUCCAGAAGGGCUUUUUGAUGAUAACAAAGUGGAAUCAAAAGAAAGAAUAAACCCAAUCACUCAGUUGUGGCACAUAAAUGGUAAAUGCCCUGAAGGUACCAUACCCAUUAGAAGGACAAAGGAAGAUGAUGUUUUAAGAGCAAGCUCAGUUAAAAGAUAUGGUAAGAAGAAACGCAGAAGCAUCCCUCAGCCUAGGUCUGCAGAUCCUGAUCUCAUCAAUGAAAGUGGCCACCAACAUGCUAUAGCUUAUGUGGAAGGUGACAAGUACUAUGGAGCAAAAGCAACCAUUAAUGUAUGGGAACCAAAGAUACAACAAUCUAAUGAGUUCAGUUUAUCUCAGCUAUGGAUAUUAGGAGGUUCCUUUGGUGAAGAUCUCAAUAGCAUUGAAGCUGGCUGGCAGGUCAGUCCAGAUUUAUAUGGUGACAACAACACAAGGCUUUUCACCUAUUGGACUAGUGAUGCUUAUCAAGCCACAGGUUGCUAUAAUCUUCUAUGUUCAGGCUUUAUUCAGAUUAAUAGUGAGAUAGCCAUGGGAGCAAGCAUCUCUCCUGUCUCUGCUUUCCGCAAUUCCCAAUAUGAUAUUAGUAUUCUUGUCUGGAAGGAUCCUAAAGAAGGACAUUGGUGGAUGCAAUUUGGCAAUGACUAUGUGUUGGGAUAUUGGCCUUCUUUUCUGUUCUCAUACUUAGCAGACAGCGCUUCCAUGAUUGAAUGGGGAGGUGAGGUAGUGAAUUCAGAACCAGAUGGUCAGCACACCUCAACUCAGAUGGGAAGUGGACAUUUUCCUGAAGAAGGGUUUGGGAAAGCAAGUUAUUUUAGGAAUAUUCAAGUAGUUGAUGAUUCCAAUAAUCUAAAGGCACCAAAAGGAAUUGGAACCUUCACUGAACAAUCUAAUUGCUAUGAUGUUCAAACUGGUAGUAAUGGAGAUUGGGGUCAUUACUUUUAUUAUGGAGGCCCUGGUAAAAACUCCAAUUGCCCAUGAAGAAGAAGAAGAAGAAGAAAAAACCCAUUUUCACUUCUCACAUAUAUUAAUCUCUCUCUCUCUCCCUGUGUAUCAUUCAAACUAGUAAUGCCUCUCUCUCUCUCUCUCUCUCUCUCUUGUAUACCCUUUUUUUACUGUUAGGCUUGGGUUAGUGAUGUGACCUCUUUAGUUGGAAGUUUUGACUCUUUUUUUUUUUUUUUUACUAAAAGAUUCUCCAAUGUAAGUGGUUGGGAUGUGGCCAAGUUUCUCAAAGCUAAAGAAACAGGCUUUUGUUUACUCUCGCUCUCCUUUGUAUUCUAUUUGUUUGCUAAAACUCCUUUUCUUGGAGUGGUUUGUGAAGGAAUGAAUUUGGUUCCCAUCUUCUAAUC